CUUCGCAGUGCAGCUGAGCUGCUGCGACUGCUUGUUGUUGUUGCUGCUACCGCUGCCACCGCCGCCCGCUGCUGCUCUUCGUUACCUUCAUGCACUUGUUUGUCAUUGUCUCAAACGGCCUCUAUACCUGUUCGUGUGAGCGUUCAUCUGGGCUGCAGUCCAAGCCAUUCUUUUCAUAAAACCAUAACUCUGGAUCUACACUCGGGCGCCGCUCGCCUGGCUCCAAUCUUCCGAUCCUGCUACUAUACUACAACUCCUCCUUCCCUGCCACCAUGGCUAGCUUCAGCCGGUCUCCUUCGCCAACCAAAAGCCUCGACAGUACCCGGGAUGCCUGGUCGGAAUCUACUGCUUACACUGGUUAUGAUGCUGGAGCUGCCGCGCUUGUUCCUCCUGUUCACCUAGAUCACCAAGGCUUCGAAGACAUUCAACUCGCAGCGCCCAAGGUUUCCUCGCCGUCACAAAAGGAAGGUCUCGGAUCACGUCUUUUGUCAAACGCGUCGCCGGCCGCAGCAGCAUUAUCACGUUCAGGAAGCGUCAUUGGAUCCCGUGCGAGGUCGUGGGUGGCAUACGCACAAAAGCUCAACGCAGGAAGUGCUUCGCCGCAACAUUCUCAGCAGCAACAAUCGUCACUUCAACAACAGGUUCAGCCACCAGCACAGAAAGAGCUCAAAGAGCAGCAGGCCUCGGACAAGGAGGUGGAGAAAUCUUCAGACGGGUCGUGGAUGCCGCAAUCAAACCGCCUCUUCGGAGACCUCUUCGGUGGAGAGUCCGCGCCAGUACAAUUUGGCGUCCCAACCUCACCGAGCAAAGACACCGACGGCGAGUUCGUCAUGAAUUACCGUUCAGAGUUCACCGAGCGCCCGCUGCUUAAUUCAAGGUUAAAAAGAUAUGACACAGAUCCGGCGCCCACCACAACGCCAACCGCAACCCGUCCUGCGCGUCCAUCCUGGUUUUCAAGAAGGCAGGUCACACCCACGAGGCCAACACAAUUACAACAACCUCCACCACCAACGCCGACAGCAUUCUCCAACUCCGCGCCAACCGAUGAACUUCUCACACUUAACAUCUCCAGCAGUCUAUUUCCUUACGGUCCCGCCGACCCUCUUUCUCCACAUGCUUAUCACGACCUCCUGCUGAACGCCACCAACCUGCUCUCGCGGCUACAGACCGCAUAUGCCGAGAAGUGCGCAUACAUUGCCAGCAUCGCGCCUGAGCUAGACGUGCAACGUGAGGAGGCAGAGGAGGCAGAAACACGUGCUCGUCAUCUGAAAAUUCAACUGGAGGACGUUGCUCGCAAAGCCGAAGACCAACUCCGCGUAAACCAAGAGCUCGCUACGCGUUUAGCAGAGGAGAAACUCGGUCGGCUAGAGGCCCUCGACUCUGCACGCCGCGCCACAGGCAUGCUGGCUCAGGCCGGUUUGCACGCAUGUCCUGAGGAUGCCGUGCUCUCAAUACCUGCACCCUCCGACAUUGAUGGUGCAGAUUCAAUAUCGCCCGAUGACACUACGCCACGACGACCCGCUGUCCUACUCGCCAGUAAGAAACGCGCGUCAGCGGGAAGUGCGUCGGACAGUGGCUUUGAGAGCGAUGCAGACACUUCAUCCAUUUUCAGCGGUGCUACUAGCAGUGGUGCCAGUCUGGCAGGCGCCAUGUUCUCUCCGCCGAUGGCGAACACACCGCACAUGACACCACGGAUCCCUCUCCGAAUUUCACCUCCGACGACAGGUACAAGCUCUCACAACACACCGACGAACAUCUCGGCCACACCCACCGACAUCUACGCUCUACGACCCGCACGUAACAAUGGCGGUGGCAGUGGAGGCGGCACCAGUCCUGUCACAGCGCUACCCUCAUCAACCGCCAUUCCUUUGUCUCGUCCUCCGUUGAGCAGGGAAAACAGCUUGACGGGAAGUCUCUUUGGCGGCAAGCGCCUCGGCAGCGAGGGUGCCGCGUGGGCGACGGUGGAGAAGUUGCGAGCCGAGAAUGCCGCAUGCCGGAGACAUGUUGAAGAGAUGCGGCAAGCACUACAGGGCUGUAUCGAAUUUGUCGAAGGCGGAGGAGACAGUGGUUCAACAACGGUCACGGCUUUGGGUCCUCGACGAUAAUCGUAAUCUUUAUGAAUUGGCGUGGUAACGAAUUGCAUCGAGGGCGAUCUGGUCGAAAAGCGUCAUCACGGUACCCAUAGCGGAGGACGUACCAGAAAGCUCCUCCUCAUCACGAAUCUCCUCUCCGUCCGCCUCUUGGAUAAAAUUCAAAUUAUGACAUGGGUAAAAACAGCACAUUGGGACAACUGGUUUGACAGCAGCAGCGUAUCUCGAUGCUCCAGUCGAAGAACGGACCGGUUUGAUUCUUUCUGCCAUCAGCUCAGGAAGCCUCGUCUUCAUCAUCGCUUGGU